AUGAUCAAAGUGCUGGUGCCACCAUUGUCUUGUAUGAUACAACUAUCAUUACUAAGGCUGCGUAUGAAAAUCAGCGAUUACAAUGACAGGACGGUUCAUAACGCUUCUGAACUAGCCACUGCCAUCGUUGUAAAUGCGUCGAAAGUAAAAAACACUCUCACUAAACUUGAUCUCUAUGGGAACCAAAUAUCCGAUAGAGGAGGUGAAGCCUUAACAGAAGCAGUAAAAAGAUGGGCAAGUCCAAGUCCGGACUGGGAGACUUUUGCAUCCGGACUGGGACUGGACUGGGACUGGAAGCCUUCUGUUCAAGUUAAAGUUGAAUCAUCUCGAUCUAAAAUUGAUGAUAAAAUAAAUCAAGCUAUCGUUCAAGAUCUCGUAAUUGAUUUGGGUCUGCCUCUGUCUAUGGGAGAAAGAGAUUCAGUUAUUCGUUUUAUAAAAAAAGUCGAUCCGAAAUAUUCCGUGGUCAGCAGAAGAUCUAUUUCUCGUCAGUAUAUGCCUGAAUUAUAUGAUAAAAUGAUUUUAAAUCUAAAAUCGAUUUGUAAUGAAGCUCGCUGGGUAUCGCUCACGUUAGAUACAUGGACAGAUCGACGUAAAAGAUCUUAUUUCGCUGCCACCGGUCACACUAUUAUCAGCGAAAAUUUCAAAUCUUUCGUGUUAGCAUUCAAAGAAUUAAAUGGAAUUCAUAACGGCCCUCUAUUGUUAUCUGAACUGAAUGCUGUUAUCUCGACGUUUUCAUUAGAUUCAAAACUAGUUCGUCUUGUCACUGAUAGUGCCAGUAAUAACUUAACACCAUUUCGAGGUUUUGUUGUUCCAGGGUUUGAAUCAUAUUUUGUGCCCGAUGACGUUGACGAUGAUACUGCAAAUGACUUCGAAAACGACUCAGGCUCUGACGUUGAAGCCUCAUCCGACGACGACUCAGACGAAACUGAUGAAAUCUACUUUGAAUCACCCGACGUUUUUCGAAUACCAUGCUUCUCACAUACUUUACAGUUAUUUGGUAAAGACGGACUUAAAAAGACCGGAGUUUCCGCAAAAAAUGCAUUAGAAAAAUGUUCAGCUAUCACUAAACUUAGUCAUCAAUCUACACAUUUCGCGGAACGUCUCGAACGUAUUAAUGUCUCGAUACCUUCUCCAAAUAAGACUCGAUGGAACAGUCAGUAUGACACUCUAUGUAAAAUUGUUAGUAUGCCUACAGAAAGUCUGAAUCAAAUUUUGAAAGACUUAUAUAAACCGGAUUUGUGUUUGUCUGGUAAGGACAUUUCAAUUUUAAAUGAAUUUGCAGAUGUGUUAGCGUUUUUUUCUGAAGCCACUAAACAGUCACUCUCUGAUAAAAAAAAAUGGAAGUGGAAAACAAUGUAUGCUGUGGCCGACAUCGGACUUAAAGCUUAG